AUGAACAUCAAUUGUCAAGCACAUUUUGGAAUUUGCCAUGCUGCAAUGCGAGCAAACAUCCCAGACACUGAUCAUCACAAACAACUGGGAAAAGUUUGCACGGCAGUGCCCUCUGCAUCUGACUGCAGGUGGCAGCCAGCCAUGAAGACCCCUUACCUGUCUUUCGAGCACUGGCGGAAGAGCUCCCAGUGGAAGGUGCUCAAUCGAAAUCUUGCCGAGCUGGUGGUUGCGGACCAGCAUGUGAAGGAGAUAUUCCGGAGGCAUUGUUACAGCCGUAACAGUCCUAAGCAAGUGUGCAUUCCUGAUGAGCACUACAUUCCCACGCUCAUCGCCUCAUAUAACCUGGAGAAUGAGACUGAUUGCAUUGGCCGUCCAACGUAUUACUCCAUGUACGGAGGGUCGCACCCACGGCAGUUCAAUGCUCAAAGCGUGAGUGUGCCACUUAUACGAAGGAUGCAGGCGGGCGACGAGGAUGCCUGUGACACACGCGACAUACCUGAAGCAAGGAGAUCGGCGUUGAAGCUGUUCACUGGACUGAAUGGCACGGGCUGCGCUCGAGGCGCUGCAAGCGCUGAAACUUUGGAUGCUCCCCUGUUGAAUCCGACGGAUGUGGAAGGAUCUGACAAUUGGGUGCUGCAGAGCGGAUACCGCCCGCUGGGCGGCCACUGCCCACUCUUCGCAAGAAAGUUUCUGCCGGGGUCAAUGAACGCCACACUGGCGGCACUGCUGUCAUGCCGUGGCGGUGCGCUGGGGUCUUGGUGUUAA